AUGGAGAAAAACGCUUCCAAAAAGCUACCAGCGGCAACGUCCGGAGUCUCACGAAGUCUGCACUCGAAGCGGACUCGGAGAACUUCAGACUACCUUGCUUGGGCCUUACUGCUACUCAUUUUGGUGGCCGGGCAGUGGCUCUUGUGGCUGAGAACUUUGCGAGCAGCACCGGGUCCUCUAACCAUCGAGGAAAGAGUACAGAAAAUCUUAACUCACACACCCUUGAUCGAUGGCCAUAACGACUUACCGAUCCUGCUCCGCAUUCAUUUGAAAAACCACAUCUAUGGAGACAACUUCACGGAAGCAUUCAAAAGUGGAAAAUUUGUGGGCCACACGGAUAUCGGGCGCUUGAGGCAAGGUCGCGUUGGGGGUUCGUUUUGGAGUGUCUUCGUCCCCUGCCCCGAUAACAAGACCGACUUUUCAGACGAAGCCUAUGCCCAAACAUGGGGCGGAAAUAUAGGCGUUCGGCUCACUUUCGAGCAAGUGGACGUGACCUCACGUCUUCAGCAAGCUUAUCCCGAUGUAUUCUCGGCGCCUCCCAACGGGACCACGGCCCUCCAGGCGUUUAGAGAGGGGAAAAUCAUAUCUCCGUUGGGGAUCGAGGGACUGCACUCGAUUGGAAACUCGCUAUCGCAGCUUCGCAUCUUUCACGAGCUGGGGGUCUCCUACGCAACCCUUACCCAUAACUGUCACAACCGCUACGCCGACGCGGCAUUAACCGAACAGCCAGGUGGUGGCGUCGUCGAGGCAGAGCCCCUGUGGAACGGAGUAAGUCCUGCCGGUCAGGACUUGGUAUUCGAGAUGAACCGUCUCGGGAUGUUGGUGGACUUGGCCCAUGUGAGCACCGAUACAAUGCGCGAUGUACUGGGCGCAGGGAAGAACGGAUGGAAGGGCAGUCGGGCUCCUGUGAUAUUCAGCCACAGCUCCGCACGAGCUCUCUGCCCUCACCCUCGCAAUGUCCCUGAUGAUGUCUUGCAUCUGGUACGAGAGAGAAACUCAAUUGUGAUGGUCAAUUUCGCCCCCGAGUUCAUCGCUUGCACUGACUCCGUCAAUGCGAAUGGAAUCCCCGGCGUGAUUCACGAGGAAGCCACCCUGGAACGUGUUGUAGACCAUAUCGUGUACAUUGGUACUAUUGCGGGCUACGAUCAUGUCGGGCUGGGCAGUGACUUUGAUGGGAUUGCUUCGGUUCCCGGGGACUAG